AUGAUUCCCGUUCCUCAAGCCGAGUCCCUCAAGGACCUCCUCAGCCUCAAGGGCAAGGUCGUCGUCGUCACCGGUGCCUCCGGUCCCCGCGGUAUGGGCAUCGAGGCCGCCCGCGGCUGUGCCGAGAUGGGUGCCGACCUGGCCAUCACCUACGCCUCCCGCCCCGAGGGGGGUGAGAAGAACGCCAAGGAGCUCUCCGAGCAGUACGGCGUCAAGGUCAAGGCCUACAAGUGCGACGUGGGCAGCUGGGAGAGCGUCCAGGAGCUGGUCAACAACGUCAUUAAGGAGUUUGGCAAGAUCGACGCCUUCAUCGCCAACGCCGGCCGCACCGCCUCCAGCGGCAUCCUCGACGGCUCCGUCCAGGACUGGCAGGAGGUCAUCCAGACCGACUUGACCGGCACCUUCCACUGUGCCAAAGCCGUCGGCGCCCACUUCAAGGAGCGCGGCACCGGUAGCUUCGUCAUCACCUCCUCCAUGUCCGGCCACAUCGCCAACUUCCCCCAGGAGCAGACCUCCUACAACGUCGCCAAGGCCGGCUGCAUCCACAUGGCGCGCUCCCUCGCCAACGAGUGGCGCGACUUUGCUCGUGUCAACAGCAUCUCCCCCGGUUACAUCGACACUGGUCUCUCCGACUUUGUCGACCAGAAGGUCCAGGACCUCUGGCUCUCCAUGAUCCCCAUGGGUCGUAACGGUCAGGCCAAGGAGCUCAAGGGUGCCUAUGUCUACCUGGUCAGCGAUGCCAGCACCUACAUGACCGGUACCGAUCUCCUCAUUGACGGUGGAUACUGCGUCCGGUAA